UUGUUUUCUCAUAAAUAAAUGUAAUAUUAAUCGUAUAAAAAUAGAGUUUUCUUAACAAAUUUUGACUAUUGAAUAAUUGAGUAAUAUAUUACUACAGUUAUAUAUAACUGAAUUAAAAACGGCAACGAUGGGCGCCAAAAAGUAAUGGCUUAGGUUAGACUGAUUGAAAAUAAAUUUAAAAUGUUUCAUUCAGAUCCGUUUAGUCAAUUUAUUUUUUAAUCAUGCUGGUGUACUGCUAGUACUGCUGCCUAUUAAAACUAAUUCACAACAUUGAAAGUUUUAAACAGUUAUAUCUGAUUAUGCUACAAAUGGAUGAAGCUGUGGUAGAGGAAACAUAUUCAUUGAAGGAAAAAAAACAACCAUGGUACAAAAAGAUAACAGUGGAACCGGUCAUGUUCUUCUACAUGAUGGCGUUCAUGAUAACAAGUGUCAUAGAGCAAACAUUCUACGUAUUCCGAGCUUGCACUGUUAAUCACGGCUACAGUGAAGAGAUAUGCUACAAUAUAAGCAGCUAUAGUGAUGUGAAUAUUGAUGUUCAGAAGACAGUAUCAUUGUUCCAUCAGUGGAAUGGCAUCGCUGGCCACGUGGUGCCGCUGAUGCUGGCCUUCUUCCUCGGCAGUUACAGCGAUAAGAGAGGCAGGAAAGUGCUGCUGUGCGGCGGAUUGCUCGGGAAACUAUUCUUCUCGCUGAUGAUCACCCUGAACACUACUACAGAGUGGCCAUUGGAGUAUGUAAUAUAUACAGCAACAUUCCCCAGCGCUUUGACCGGGGCGGACUUGUCGAUAUUCGCGGGAUGUUUCGCCUACAUCGCAGACGUAACUACGGUAAAGAACAGGACCCUGAGAGUGGGCAUUUUGGAUGUAGUCUAUUUGAGUACUAUGCCUACUGGAGUAGCUAUUGGUAACUUAUUAUACACUAGAGUGGUGAACCGAUCGUUCACGGCGAUGUUCGCCAUCAACUCCUGCCUGAUGGUAGUCUCCACGGUGUACUGCUUCGUAUUCCUCGAAUGGCAGACGAGGCCGGAACAGAAGUCGCUGAAAGAAGCUGGAGUCAGAAAUCCUUUAGGCGACUUCUUCGACUUGAAUAAUAUCAAACAGACAAUCGGGACUUUGACAAAGAAGAGGCCCAAUAAUAGAAGACUGUUUUUAUGGUUCCUGCUCAUUUCCAUGGCAUUCUAUACAUUCCAAAGAGAUGAAAAACAUGUGAUGUACUUAUAUACGACAAAUGUGUUCAAAUGGGACGCAACAGAUUUCAGUCACUUUAGGACGUAUUUAAGCACCGCGUAUGUCAUAGUCAUGUUGUUUGUGAUACCAUUGUUUACAAAAAUAUUAAACUGGAAAGACACGAUAAUCGUAAUGCUCGGUGCAUCGGCGCAUAUGACAGGUCACUUCAUCUAUGCCCACGCGCAGACGGACUCCACAAUGUAUAUUGGAGCCACGGCCGCUGCUUUGGGGCCUUGCGUCGCCCCUCUGAUACGAUCGAUGACGUCCAAAGUGCUAGCACCCGCUGAAAGAGGUGUGGCGUACGCUUUUUUAUCUGUAAUGGAGAAUGCAGUAGCCAUGUUCGCUUCCGUCAUAUACUCGCAGCUAUACAACGCUGUUCUAAAUACACCAUAUAUCAAUGCAAUAUUCUACCUGACUAUGAGCACACAAGCGGCGGUCUUUUUGCUAUCAAUGACAAUGGAAUUGAUGUUAAAAGGAAGGAGGCUGGAGUCGCAUCUGGACAGAGACUCUGAUUCUCUAUGACAUUGUGAAUACACAAGGAAUUUAUUUUACACCGUAUUAUACAAGUUUGGCGUCUAAACUGGCCGAUACCAUUUCAAUGUCACUGAGCAUCGUGUCUUAGGAGUCGGAGAGGAUUAAAUUGGUCAUAAAUAAGACUGUUGUUUUGUUCCUAUAAGUUUAAUCAGUUUAGUCACUAUUUAGUGCAGGUUUAAU